AUGAACUCUACUCCAGACCUCACCUCCCUUCCCGUGGAGAUCCUGCAGCUCAUUCUUGAGCACACACAUGCUUCGGGACAUUGGCCUCUUGCCCAGACGUGCAAGCAUGUAUAUCGCCAUUCUCAAUACAUCCUCAGCCGUCAUCGUGAAGCGUAUCAAAAGUUCAGAAUCAGCUCUGACCUUGACCUAAGAACUAUCCGCCACCUUCUGUCGAGCUGUAUUAGCAACGGCGCAGCUUCUAUUGACGCCUGGCAUGUCAGGGAGUUCGAAGUCUGGGGCGAUAGAGAAAACGGGGAGCCCUGGGAAGUGGACGUUGAAACUGGUGAGGUCCGGAUACCCGAAGGUAGCGAGCCCUGGUUAUUUCCUCGUGAUGACAUCGGCUCCUUCUGUCAUGAGUUAUUCAAUGCGAUGGGCUAUCCCCUUGACCAAGAGGGCUUCCAGGCCCAGGUACGGAGGCAACUCGAAACGGGCGCGGACAGCUGCCUCAAACCCUGCCUGCUGGCCCUCCUACCGCGUAUUCGGGCUCUACGUUAUGCACGCGCCGGCGGAGCAGACCACACAAGCUUCACAUACCUUUGUCGUAUGAUCCACUGGUGUAUGAGUGAGACCCUACUGCCCGGAUUCAAAAGCCUUGAGAAAGUGUCCUUUGGCAUAUGCGUUGGGCAAGCCGCAGACGGAUAUCCCGAACCCUCCAAGAGGAGCGCCAGAGAGCUCAGUGCUCUUCUAUGCCUUCCGAACUUGUCUGAGCUGUACUUCGCUCACUUGGAUGGGGAAUCCGGAGUUGAUGACGGUAUCGCAUCCUCUUUUCUGUUCAGCCGUCGGCCUCCAUUCAGCAGGUCAUCACCAGUCCGGACCAUUAUUCUCGACAUGAUGGACAGCCUCAGCGACGAAUUAAUCGAAUUCAUAGCGAAAACCCCCCGCGGCCUUGAAAAUCUCGCUAUCCGACUCUGCCCUGAGGCGGGGCUCGGGGAUGAGCGCCAUCAGUUGACAGAGGAACUGCUCAAGUACCAACGCCUCUCUCUCCAGCGGCUUUGCUGGUACAAUGCGGAUCCCAGCUCCGGGUCGACAGUUCCGAACUGGAUGGAUCCAUCCCAUGCCAUCAUGUUUGACGGUCUUCGGGUGGUUAGUCUGGACUUGCUCUAUGUGGAGGGUCUACCACUGGAUGCCCGAUCCAAGGCCAUGAAGGAAUUUGGCGAGUUUCUUACACAUAAUCUCCCGGCGCAAAUGGAGGUUGUAGACUUCGAUGGAGUAGACUUUUGGGAAGAUGCUUUCACAACCGAUCAACUUAGUCACAAUAAGCUGGACUAUCUAGAUGAUAUGGUUGAGGCGAUGGUUAGGUCGAAGCGAUACCAGAGACUGAAGGCCAUUUUCUUAAAGGAAAUCCAGGAUCUCGUGUCUGGUAUUCAGCAGACCAUGUUUGACUUCCCUAAGACUAUCAAGGCGGCAAAAGAGCGGGGGAUAUAUCUUCAUCUCAAGGGCAGCAAGCCUCCUCCUGGGCUCAUCGUCAACGGAGAGUUUGUGCCAAUGCCAACAAGAGACUGCAUGGUAUCAGCGGUAUUUUCCUCAAGAAACAGAGAACAAUCUCGUUCCACCACUUAUAAGCAACUCCAUGGAACGGCGAGCUUGGAAUUAUCCCUCGGCGGAAAGGCUCGUUGA